AUGGACAAGACGGUGUGUAAGCUGCCAGAGACAAAGACAGCUAUGACAUCUCUGUGCCCAAGGAUCCUCCUGUCUGAAGGGAGCCCGCGCUUGCGAUGGACGGAGCUGGGCUCACCCUAUCUUGGGCAUGCCGGAGCACCAGCGGCCAAGCACAGACACUUUGCGAGCGUCCAGCUAGGCCGGCCCCCUGCGGCCCGCCCCGCCCCCUCCCGCCUGGAGGCCGCGGAGCGCGAACUUGAGCCAGCCAGCCCGGCCAGGCGCUGUCAGUCGUUACUGGCCCUGUCCCGGACCCCACUUGCCUCGGCAGCUGACCCCUCGGGAGGCGCGAAGAAGCCGUGCUUCUGGGGGUCAGAAUCUCCCAACCUUCUCCUUAAGAGACCUGCCCAAUCCGUGAUCUGCUGGCCAUCACUACUGCCCAGAAAGACCAUUCUGAUAGGGGCGCCUGGACUGAGGACUCCUGGUGAUAUCCCCAACCCAGACCUCAUGGAUGCCUAUAGGAAGGAGAACACGCCACCCUGGCCAGGAGGCCACCUGAAGUCAGGACAACGCCUGGUUCAGAAGAAUGUGGGCGUCAGCCUCUCUGUAGGCAAUGGACGAGAUACCAAGAUGGUGUCUUGCCGGACUCAAAGCAAAAGGACUGUCCCUGCCAUUCUACCAGGCCUGGGGCCAGGCCGCAGGUUGGAGCUGGGGAGGCCUGUGGUCAGCAGGAAGCUCUCGGCCUUGGUUCAGACCAACCUGGCUCCUGCUGGCCAGCCCCUGCAAGAUGCCACAAGCCUGGUGAGUAACUCUGGCUUUGAGCAACAGAGUAACCUGCAACCCCGGGCCUGGAGGCCAAGGGCAUCUGGGCCUUGGAGAGGGUUUUCCUUCCAGCAAAGCAACAUGAAGCUGAGCAGAGCAGACCCGGAGAGGAGAGGGGGACACAGGAGUCCUCAGACACUAGAGAGGUCAGACGGGAACCUGGCAGGUUGCUCGCGGGAACUCUUGUGGCCCCGACGUUCUGGAAGUGCUUCCUGGCUUGGCAGGCCAAAGAGCCAGACCCACGGAUACCCAUUUCCAAGGGAUAAACCAUCAUCAUCUUCAUUCCCUAGCCUUGGGAACACUGUGCAGGUCUCACCAAAAGCCACAAAGGCUCAAGGGUCUGAGCUGAGCCCUCCCCCUCGGUCUGGGCAUCAGGAUUGUCUUGUCCAGCCCAGCCCAAGACUGCGGAGUACCUCAGGUUGCUGGGCCCCAGAUCCCGUGAGAUGGCCCCUCACCUUGGAGGACCUGGGCAUCUCGGGCCGACACCAGCGAUCAGCUCACCCCCCGGUCUCGAGACCCAGAACUAAGCUUUCCCCAUCCCGCCUGCUCUUGUCCAUGAGGCACCUUGAGUGGCCAACAGAGCUCCUCAGAACGUCUCAGGAGCAACCCAGAACCUGGCCCCACUCGAACAGGGUCACUUCUCCUGAGGCCUCUCCAACCUUGACACCAGGGCACCCCAGUCCCCUCACCCACCCCUGCAGGGCUGCGCCUCCAGAGGCUGCCCCUCACCUGACACCAGAUCCAGCAAUUUCCCCAGAUCUGCCAUCUGGGCACCCCAGCCCCCUCACUCUCUCCCACAGCACUGUGAGUCCAGUGAUUUCCCCAGAUCUGACACCUGGGCACCCCAGCCCCCUCUCUCUUCCCCAUAGCACUGUGAGUCCAGAGGCCCUCCCAAAUCGGACACCAAAGUAUCCUAGCCUUCUUUCUUUUCCCCAUGGACCUGUAAUUCCAGAGGCCUCCCCAAGCCUGACACCAGGUUACCCCAACCUACAUACUGUCUCCAGCAAAACACUGGCUCCAGAAGCCUCCCCCUGCCUGACACGUGGGUGUCCCAGAGCCCUUAUUCUUUCCCACAGGGCUGUGACUCCAGAGACCUCCCCCAGCCAGACACCAGGGUACCCCAACUUCUCUGGUCCUUCCAGCCAGGCUGGGUUUCCCAACUUGAAAGUAGGACACCCCAACCCCUUGACUCUUUCUGGGAGUACUCAGACAUCAGGGAACCCUAACUCCUCCACUCUCUCCCAUAGUCCCCUGACUCCAGACCCCUCCUCCAGCUUCCCUUCUCUCUCCCAUAAUGGCAUAACUCCAGGAGCCCCCCCAAAUCUGACACUGGCAUACCCCUGCCCCCACACUCUUUCUAGCAAGACCAUAACUGCAAGGGCCUCCCCAAAACUGACACCAGUGUACUCUAGCCUCCACCCCUGCCCCAGCAAGAUUAAGGUUCCAGAGGCCUCCACCAACUUGAUGCCGGGCUGUUCUAGCCCCCUUACCCUUUCCCACAGGGAUGUGACUCCAGAAGUCUCUGCCAGCCUGGCACUGGGGUGCCCUCAAGGUGUACCGCAGUUCACCAGGGCCUUUGGCAUUCCCAAGACACAGGGCUCGGGUCAGUUCCCUGACACCAAGGAGCUGGGUGAUUUCAGCCUUCCCUCCUCUGGUGAGGGGCAUGGCGGGACUGCCCCUAACUUGUCUCCUGGGACCAGUGGGAUGAAUGUCUUUAGGACUGCCAACCCAGUUCCCUUCCCUCAGUCUGAUACAGCCCCCUACUCUGCAGUGGCUCUCCCCUCAGCAUUUCCCCAAGUCUUCUGUGAUAAGCUAUCCCUAUCUUCAGGGAGGGGCAUAGUCCUGGAGGUCCCCCACCAGGCUGUGCCAGCCUCCCCUGAAAGGUUCUCCCUGCCAAUGUCAGGGAUGCCAUCUUGUGUGUCAGGCUCCCAAGUGGACGGGGUACCGGAAUUGAUGGAGACCCAGCUGGAGGGACAUUUGCGGCAAAUCUGGGAGAUCCUUGUGUCCCUGGUUCCCCAGGACACAAAUGCCCCUCUCCCAGGCCCUAAGGAAGGUCCUGUUCCUACCCACUGGAGAAGCCCAGAAGAAAGGACCUCUUCAGGAUCUGGGGGUGGCUCUAGGCAGAGCCUCCUGAAGAACGCCACCCCUGGGCCCCACCUCUCAGGGCAGGAAGGUGGGCUGGGCUCAAGAACCUAUUUUUCAGCCUCCUCUUCUGUUGGGAUGCAUCUCCUGGCCCAGCAGCAGUGGGAAGUGGCUUGUAAGCCCAGUGAACAGGAGGGUCCCUGGAUGGAGCCGGGCAUUGCUGGGAACCUUGGGGCAAGAAGCCAGAACAAAAGUGAGCUACACUCAGCGGCUGGGGCCUCGCAGCUGGAGCCGGAGCCAGGAGAGACAUCAUCCAUGGAGCCUCUAACCCCAGAGGCCGGGGAAUCAAGGGCCCUUCUCAGCCGCUGCUUCAAAGCCUGGCGAUGCCACCUGCUAGGACAGCGGGCUGUAGCCAGGGCGCUGAGGCGGAGACAUCUCCUGCGAAAGGGCAUCCGGGCCAUGCGCUGGUCCUUGUGGCUCCGGGAAGCCCAGAUGGAGUACAUGAAGAGGAAGCAGGGUCGGACUGUGCUGGCCAUGAGCUUCCAAAAGUGGAAAGACCUCUAUUUGAAUAGGAGAGAAAAGAAGCUGCUGACUCAGUCCAGGACAGAGACUCCUAUGAAAGAUCUCCUUCCCUCCCAGGAAGGCCAACAGGAAAGAUCUUUUGUAACACUAGGGGUGGUUUGUGGAGUGGAGGGAGCACCAAAGAUUCAGCUCCACCCCAGAUGGAAAUCAGGCAGCCAGAGCCCUAAGGCCCCGGCCACUCGAGACCUUCAGCGGCUAGCUGCCCACUGGGGCCCAGCAGCCUUCCACCUGUGGUACCUGCAGAAAGUGCUGGUGGCAGAAAUUCGCAAGGAGGCCCAGGCCCGGGCCAAGUUGGGGAAGAAGAAGCUUCGACGGGUUUUCCAGGCCUGGCGGGCCAGGACCAUGAACUCAGCCCGGAUUUGUACCCUGGUGACCCGGCAUCAGAGAGCCCAGCUUGGCCGGUGCUUUGGGGCAUGGAUACGCCACACACAGAGAAAGACCUGGUGCCAGGGCAGGCUGGCUCGCUGGCGGGUUGAGACUUUGAGGAAGAGCCUACAGCAGUGGGUGAAAAUGGUGUGGCUCCAAGCUACACACUCAAGGACAGUGGCCCAGCUCUACCUCCUUCGCCAGAGGAGCUGGCACCUGGAGGUGACUGUGGCCCAUGAGGGGUCCAGCAGAGCACCAGUCAGCCACGGCCCAGGAGAACAAGACCAGCCCUGCUGUCUUCCGGGGGUCAGGGCAAAGGACUCUCUGGAAGAGGCCUGCCGGAAACUGAAACUACACCGGGUGGUCCUGCUAUGGUCCCGAAGGCUGGCCCAGCACCAGCGGGCAGACUCUUUCUCCCAGAGCAGGACGUUGCGGCUCCUUCAGAACGCCCUACAGCGGUGGCGGCAGAAGGCCCAGGCAGCAGAGUCACCCCUUGCCAGCUGCACUGAUUCCCCCCCAGAGCCUGCUGUUGGCUCCCAGGAUUCAGAAGAGUCUCCCCCCUCCUCAGGGUUUCUCAGCAGGGUCUCGGCUCCGCCGGGUCCCGGCACCCCCAGAAGCUCAUCGGAGGAGGCCCGUAGCCCAACUGAUAGCAGCAGGUCUCUCCUGAGCCUGGCAGGGGAUGGCCCUCCUUGGGUGCAGCCCCUGGGAUUGAGUUCAAUCUCUUCGGAGGCUUCUGAGUCCUGGAGGAUAGCCUUCCCCCUUGGGCAAAAGUGGUCCCAGUUCUGGGAAUGGCAGCAUCCUGGACCGGGGAGACAGUUGUUGGCCUGCCCUUUUCCAGGAGAAGAGACUGGUCCUCGGACAGAAGCUGUUCAGGUUCCCAGAGACCCUAGCCACUUGGAUAGGCCCUGGCCAGAGGCAGGGUGGCAGCAGGGGUCACAAAAAGCCCUAGAAGCCAAGCAUCAUUGCCAGAGCCGUGUGAUCUGCAGCUGGAACCUAUGGGCAGCAGCCCAAGGGGUCUGGUGGGAGCUGGUCUGCCAGCAGCGAGUCUGGGGACUGACCCAAGAAGCCCUUCACCGUUGGCAUACCUCCUGGCAGAGACAACAGGUCCUCCAGGAGCUGGGUCACCAGUGGACUCGAUGUAGGCCCUAUAUCCUGAAGAUGAGAGCGUAUGGGGGAUGGUCUUGGAAGGCAUCCGUGAAGAGAAAUGCCACCUCCUGCCAGGAGAGCCAUUUCCAAGCCUGGAAUCACAUGAUGUUGACCUCCCUGAACCUCUGGGUCAAGUUAUGGACCCUUCAAGCCAUCCAGAGGAGGACCCUCGCUGACCUGGCCGAGGUGACUGACCGUCAGGGCCAGGAUUGGAGGACAGCUGUGAGUCAGAUCUACCAUGCCAGGCAGCACUGCCUCCUCAGGUCUCCCUGGGCCCAUUGGAAUGCAGUGCUGCCCAGAGGGAGGCCGAGACAUCAGCUGACCAAGGAGGAGGAAGGCACCUCUGUUGGCCCCAGGCCCAGGACCAAUGCCAUCUACCUACAGAGACUGGCCCUCAGAGGGUGCCACAUCCUGGAUGCAGACCCCGAUGCUCUUGGGAAGCAGGCCGGCAACUACUGGACAAGGGCCACAGCCCCAGCCCAGGCCAAGAGGAAACCCCACAGCCACAUUGGACAGAGGAAGAUGUCAGUGUCUCUGGGUAAGGAGGGCUGCUCUGGCUACAGUCACGUUGGACAGAGGAAGAUGUCAGUGUCUCCAGGUGGCCCAAAGCAGAGCUUCUCGCUGCUUUCUUCCCCUCGCUUGCCUCUCCACUGUAGUUCCUUCCAGCCUUGGCUGCAAUUGUACCAAAGGCAAAGCAGAGCCAAGGGACUGACCAGCCAGGAGGGGCCUAGGAAGUCUACUAGAGGACAAGAAGAAGGCAGCUCCAGGACUGUCCAGAUCCCCAAGAGCAGAGCCCACUGGAGGGCAGCAGCGUUGGAGGAAACAUGGCUGGAGAGGAAGUACCUACAGAAGUGGAGACACGAGGCGCUGCUUCGAAGAUUUCAUGGCCAGCAAAGGAAAAGGAGGCUGGCAGAAGUCUGGCAAUGCUGGAUAGAUGCCCAGGGAUCAGAGCAGCUGGCACGGACAUUGGUGAGCCUUGUUGCAGGGGAUCAUUGAAUUAUACUCUCAUGGGUCAGAAGGGACCCAGAGGUCAUGUCAUCUACUUCAGGCCAGCCAGCCCUAAUUCCAGUCUUUUUUUAAAAUAUUUUAUUUUUUC